AACGACAAAAAGUCCAUUUGAAAAAAAAAUAGAACGGAAAAGAUAAUGCCGAGCUAAACGACCAAACGGAUUAUUCAAUGCGCCGCGAUGGCUACCAACACCACGAACAUAACAAUUUUCAUAAAAUUUCUAAAAUACGACAAAAUAAUUGGAAAACGACAAAGUUAAACUGUGCAUCCGUUUCUUUCUAUAUAUAGAAAUUUCUAUAUAUGACGAAAUUUAAGCAAAAAAAAAGUAAAUAGGUUAAAUACAAAAAUUCCUCGAAAGCAAUCUCAGAAACAGCAAAAAAGCAAAAGAAAUACGGGAAAAUGGGCAACCAGCCGGGCAAAUUGCAGAAUCAAACACAAACAGGACGACCCAAGAAGAAUGUGCAUUGGAAAUCUGCAGAGCGUCCCUCUCCGCCGGGUCGCCCCAUACUGACGCCACUUUCCCUGACGGAGCAGCAGCCCGAUGUGGUGAAUCUUCGCUGGGAGCGCCCUCUAAUGGAUGGUGGGUCCCCUAUUACUGGCUAUACUGUAGAACAUCGUCGGAUGGGCUCCCCGCAUUGGGUGAGAGCUACGCCCACACCCAUCUCAAGGUGCGAGGUAUGCAUUAGCGGAUUAGAGCCCGGUUGGCGUUAUCAGUUUCGUUGUUUCGCCGAAAAUAUUGUGGGACGGUCCGAUGCUAGUGAUCUAUCCGAUCCAUUAACAGUAACUUUGCAACGAAAUGCGAUAACAGUGCCCCGUUUCAUCGAUGAAUUGGCGGAUACAAAUGCUGUGGAGGAUGAGCGCAUCGAAUUUCGUGUUAAAAUUUUAGGUGAACCACCGCCAGAGAUCAAUUGGUUUAAGGAUGGCUAUGAGAUCUUCAGCAGUCGUCGAACUAAAAUUGUGAAUGAAAACGAUGCAAGCGUUCUGAUCAUACACCAGGUGGCACUUACGGAUGAGGGUGAGAUCAAGUGCACGGCCACUAAUCGAGCCGGUCAUGUCGUAACCAAGGCCCGACUUAUGGUGCAGGCUCCUCCAAAAAUACGUUUGCCGCGCACCUAUGAAGAUGGUCUUAUUGUUGAAGCGGAUGAGGUUCUGCGCCUUAAGGUGGGCAUAGCGGGUCAACCAUUGCCCGUCAUAACAUGGCUACAUGAAGGUGAAGUUAUUGCACCCGGCGGGCGUUUUGAGAUCUCCAAUACGGAUAAGAAUUCCAUGUUAAAGAUCGAUAACGUGUUACGAGAAGAUCGCGGCGAGUACGUUGUAAGGGCCUGGAAUAAACUAGGCGAAGAUAUCACCUCAUUUUUGGUCACAGUCACCGCACGGCCCAAUCCACCAGGUGCUCCCAAGUUGAAUAUGUCCUUUGGGAAAUCGGCCACAUUGUCCUGGACCGCACCAGCAGAUGAUGGCGGUUGCAAGAUCGGCAAUUAUAUAGUGGAAUACUUUCGCUUAGGCUGGAAUGUUUGGCUAAAGGCAGCUACCACAAGAUCAUUGACAGCCACCCUCCACGAUUUAAUCGAAGGUUCGGAAUAUAAAUUUCGCGUAAAGGCCGAAAACCCGUAUGGUCUGAGUGAGCCUUCUGAGGAAUCGGAGUUAUUAUUUAUACCCGAUCCAAAGAGGGGUAUAGUCAAACCCAAAUCGGCCACGAAAAUAGCUGGUGAAGACAUUUCAAAAGGAGAUAAAGACGCAUCGAAAGUGCAGGUACCUCCUAGACGCAAAACUCUUUCGCCUCCACGACCGCAAUCUGAUGCUUCAACGGGUAUGUCGCCCAGUUCCAAGAGGAAGCCCAAACCGCAGCUUAUUGAUAAUGAGCAAUUGCAUCAUGAAAUGUCCUAUGGCACUUCAGUCGAGGCGUUAAAGUUAGAUGCUCGCAAAAGUCCUGCUCCCACGACAACAACUUCCUCAGGUACUAAGCUCAAUCUAACUUUGAUUACGACCACAGCUUUGCCCAUGGAGAAACCACAAAAAUCGCCCCAAAGAUCGCCACAGAUGACACCCACUCCUUCAUCGCCUUUGUCAUCAUUGAAAUUGUUUAAACCAAAGAUUAAAACCGAAACGAACAAACUGCCUCCAGCUCUACCCACGCCCUCAUCACCCCCACUCCAACAACGAAAACGUAGUCUGAGUCCUCCCGUUAAAAAGCAACCACCGCCACAAUCAUCAUCUCUACGCAAAAGUCCAACGCCUCCGGAACCAAUUAAAACGACGCCCGCCCUACAACGAAGCGCCGAACCUGUCCAAUUGGGUGUUAAUCAAAAUGUGCGACGCUUUUCGGGACAAACAGCACUAAGUCCAGCAAAAAAUGUGCCCUUAUUGGCCUUGGCUGUUGCCACUAAUGCCAGCGCAGUUGUGGGUGAAAAGUUACCCACUAUUGAGAUAAGUUCACCACCGCCGCCUACGCCAACGGCGAUGGAACCACCAGCAUCACCAUUGCCAACUCCUUCAAGCUAUCGCCCGGCCAGAUCCUCAGUUGCAGAGAAACACGACGAAGUUCAUACCAGCAAUGAGUUCAUGUUGGUGGUCUUCGAUAAGAAUAGCAAAGUUAAGGAUAAAGACAAACAAGAUUCCUUUGAGUUGGAUCUGGAGGAUGCCAUACAACCACCGCCAAUAUCAAUUUCUGCUCCAGACUUGGCUUUCUUGGAGUUUACUAACUUGCAUACAACGUUCCCAUUGCGUCGUUCAGUUAGCUCCACUGAAUUGCUUUAUGAACGGGCCAUGGCCCGAUUCUAUGAGGCUGUGGAGCUGGAACAGGCAUCGAAAUCCGCGCCGAAACCUGAAAUACCGGAAAAGCUAGUGCCACCGGCUAAUCUUCGUAAACGUCUGGGUUCGAUUUCUGAGGCGGAACGAGCAUCAUUUGAGCGACGAAGUGAACUAAGGCGUCAGUCCGCAGAUAUGGUAUCACUUGGACGCAAAUGGGACUCUAGGGAGAAUGUCAACGAAAUUAUAAUGACGCAAAUGUCACGUCUGAGAAACGCGGAAAGGGACGAACACCAAAAGGAGGAAAGACAAAUGGAAACAAACGAAGAUGAAGAAGCAGAUGCUGAAGAAGAACACCUAACUGAGAGCACAGAUGAUGAAAGUGAGGAAAUCGAUGAUAGAGAUGAAGAUGUUACAGGUGAUAAGCCACUUAAAUCUAGCUAUGAUCUGGGUUCGGAUUAUACCGAAAGUACUGCAUCAUCUGAACAAGAUUCCAUAGAGAAAUUCAAAAUGGAAUUAAUGGCACGAACUCGAUCACCAAGUCCCCGUGACUUGGAAACCUAUCAUCCGCGUAUUAUGGCUGGAGGAACAUUUACACCAUAUCGUGCUCCUACACCGGAACAAGCAGCGGUAGUUCUAACACGUCCUGUCCCCUUACCUAGUCCUGAUUUUGUGCCAAAACCUAUACUGAAAAGGUCCUCAAAUGAGCAUGUAGAACAAGCAAUAGGAACAGCAGCUGUAGAGGCUGCAAGUGUAAUUCCUUCAACUACGCCCGCUCCUGGCCCUACGAUCAGUUUAACCCACACCACAAACACUAAUCCUGCUACUACUGCCGCAGCGAGCAGCAAUAUAAAACUAGAUUUAGCCAAAGGCUUAAAAUCCUUUUUCAGUCGCGACAAACGUACGACUACCGAAAAGAAUACCGAGGCCAAUGAGGAGCUAUCAAAUCCAUUGGAAAAAGUCAAUGCCGCUGCUAUAGCAGCCGAUGUUGAAUUGAAACGGAAGACCAAAGAGUUGGAAGAUCAACGUCGCCAGGAGGCUGAACGCCUAAUGCUAGAAGAGGCUCAUGCCGCUGUCGAUCACUACAGUGAUCUGGUGCGCGAGGUUGGCUCUAGCCAUAGAUAUCACAAGCCCCUCUAUCUCGAUCGGGAUGAGCUGAAAAAAGCAGCAGCCAGAGCCAGCGAUGAGGAGAUGGACAACGAGACAUUAGAGAUUAAACAGCGUCUUGUGAAUGAUGAUGAUUUGCUCUUGGCUCCUCCUACUGUUAGUCGUGAGCGUCGUCUCUCCAUUUCAGAACGCGAACAGUUGGUUCAUGUACGCGAUGCCUCCAGCAAUUUAGCUCUAAAUAAGGUGGCGUCUCGUCAAAGCAGCGAAGAGGAGCAGCAUCUGCCAUCACCGAAUACUCCAACUACACCAGCUCCUGAAGAAGAGGAGGAGUACCCCAUGGUUUUAGUAGUACCACCGCCAAAGACAAAAUAUAAAGCGGAACCCGAAAGUGAAAGUUACAUGGGCGACGCUGUUGAAGCUCGUCCCGAUGCCCGAGGAAGAACUCGCUUGGUUAAGGUUAAACGGGUAAUCAAGCGUCGAAUACCCUCACGGUCGCGGGAUACAUCCCUGAGUAGACCACCAGCACCUCUACCACCUACGCAAAGCACUUCCGCCUUGUCACCGAGGAGCACAGGUACACUGAUGUUAUCGCCUGCCGAUCGAGAACUACUGGAAAAGGCCUCGGCUUUGGCAUUAAUGCACUCUGAGGAGCAGGCCCAUGAGAAAGUUCGCUCAGCUUUAAGUUACUCCACGGAUUUGGUUCUCUUUUUGGUUGCCUGCUACGUUUAUUUAUUCAAAGAUGCCCGACUGGUUCUGCCCAUAUUGGCUCUGAUGAUCUAUCGCCAAGUAGGAGAAGCAAUUAGAGCUUGGUGGCAACGACGCAAGGGGGGCAACUGACCAACAUCGUUCCUCACCGUCAUUCAGUUUCGCUUUUAUUUUUUAAGUUAGUUUUCUUCUUUUUUUUUAUUCAUUAUAUAGUUCGUCUCACGCCAAUCUUAAUUGAUAAUAAUUAUGAGCUGCUUAUCAGCCAAAUAAGGAAUUCAAUUAGCCAUCCUAGUUCCACUUCAACUUAAUGGCAUAAUGAAAGUUUUCACAAUUUAAAUGAUAAAGAGCUUGUGCAACAGAAUUUUUUUUAAGUUAGCUUAAGGUUUUUUUCUAUAAGAUUCGUAAUGAGUGAGAGAAAACUAGGUCUACGGACGGUCGGGUGAAAAGGUGGAUAAAGAGAAUGGGAAAACAUUUCUGUAUACGUAAACAAACCAUCAAAAAACAAAAACAAACUCUAAAAUUGUUUAAUAAUUAUAUAUAUAUUUAGAAUAAUUUGUAUCUGUAUCAGAGAGUGCAACGCUACAAAGCAGAAAUCAAAUUUUUCAAAAGUAUCCGAAAGAAAACGAAAACAAAUUAAGUAAUUUCCUAUAUCCAAAAUUCUAAUCGACUGAGAUUUUGUAAAAGAUCUGCUUUGUAUUUAAAAAAUUAUGAUACAAGAUGUAAGUUGCAUGCCCUGAUAUGUUGUAUGAAUGUUUGUAUAUCAUGCCAGUUAUUUCGUGUUCAAAUACCUCCCAAAAAAGGAACCCAAUCGAUUCGCUAAUGUUAUUCAAUAUGUUCGUUUUGUGGUUUCUCAUAAUUGUCUCCAAAAUGCAUUGUUGAUAUUUGGAAAUAAAGUUCACACAAAGCCAAAGAAA